AUGGGGGCAGGGGGAGAGGGGGUGGGUGCAGGGUUGGGCCCCGUGCCGGCCGGGGGACUCCCCCCGGCCCCCUCCCUGGGCAGCCCGGGGAGCCCCGGGGAAGCCCCGAACCCCCGGUGGCACAGGGGUGCCACCCCACGCCAGCUGCCCGCGGGCACGCUCGGCCCCGCACUUGGCCCCCGGGCACCGGGAUGCCAUCGGCGAGGGGCCAGGGCUGGCACCCCGCAGCCCCCGGGCACCGCUACCGGCCCCGCUGUCAGCGGCUGUGCCCCCGGCCCCACGGCACGGCACGGCACGGCACGGCACGGCACGGCUCCCCCGCGACUCGCCUCCCGGGGUGCCCCCCACCAUCCCCUCGCCCCCCGGGACCCCGCGCCAGCCGCGCCACGGCACGGCACGGCCCCGGGGCGGGCACGGCGCGGCACGGCACGGCACGGCAACGGCACGGCGGACACGUGCAGCGGGGAGCACCGGGGACACCGCGGCCGCACCGGGCACCUCGGGGGAUGCCCCGCCGGGGGUCUCGGCCCGCAGCCCCCGGCCCCCCGCGGGCAGCCCCGGGGGGCGGCGGAGCCCGGCCGGCGCUGCCCGCAGGGGCGGCUCGCCGCCCGGAUCCGCUCCCAGCCAACAUGGUCUCCGAACGCUCUAAAAAUAGUUGCUGUGCGCGCAAGCCCCGCGGCCGAACAAAGCCGGGAGCCGCCGCGGCCCGGCCGCCCCCCGCCGCCCGCCGGCGCCCCCGGCCCGCUCCCCGCGCUCUUACCGGGCUGCGCUCGCCGCCGCGGGGCCGCGCGGGGCGGCCCGGGGGCUCGGCGCCGUGCCCGCGCUCAGGCCGCCGGGGCCGCGCUCGGCGGCAUCCCCCGGCCGCCGCUCGGGACCCGCGCCCGGCGCUCCGCGGUCCCGCUGGCCCCGGUGGCCCCGGUGGCCGCGGUGUCCCGGCGGCGCUGCCCGGGACUGCGGCCCCCAGCGCAGCCCGCACGGCAGGAGCGGCGAGUCACGCUCGGCGCGACGGCAGAGGCGUUCCGAAGUGACGGCGAGCGGGGUCCCCCGCAGCCCCCCGUGCCGCCACCGCGGUCCCCCGUCCCCGUCCCGAGUUCGGGCAGGGCCGGCCCGGCCCGGCCCCGCCGCGGGCAGGGCAGCCAGGGCGGCCCCGCGCCUGCCCGGGGGCACCGGCGCUGGCCCCGCGGCCGGGAGCGGAGCGGGGGCACGGCCGGCGCUGCCGCCGGGCCCCGCUGCCCUUCAGCCGCCCGCGCCGCGCUCAAGGACACGGCGGCGCCGCGGGGCCGGGCCGCGCAGGCAGCCCCGCUCGCACGGCCGGGCCGAGCGGGGCCGAGCGGGGCCGGGCCGGGCCGGGCGGGGGCGGCGCGGGGCCGGGGGCCCGCGGGCCCGGCCCUGCCGUGUUCUCCUGCCGCCGCACCGGGGCCGGGCCGCGCCGAGCCCCGCCGAACCCCGCCGGAGGGAGCCGAACCCCGGCCGCAGGCAGCCGAACCUCAGCCGCAGCGACCCGAACCCCUGCGGAGGCAGCCGAACCCCCUCGGGAUGGGCCCGAGCCCUCCCGAAGGCACCACCCGAACCGAACCGGACGGCGCUGCACCGACCCGAACGCGGCCGAACCCCGCCGAACGCAUCGGCCGAACUGAACCGAACGCAGCCGAGCGGACGCGAGCGUGCCCGAGCGCGGCCGAGCCGAGCCGAGCCGGGCCGGGCCGGGCCGGGCCGGCGGUGCCGGUGCCGGUGCCGUGCCGCGCCGCUGUCCCGGUUACCUGGGCCGCUGCGGGCCCGGCGCAGAGCCCCGCCGAGCCCCGCCGAGCCGUGCCGAGCCCCGCCGAGCCGCCGCCGCCGCUGCGCUGCCCGGCCAGGCCUCCUCCCGCAGCGCCGCCGCCUCCACUGCAGCACCGAGCCCGCCGCGCGGUCCUAGAGCCCGCCGGCAGCGCGCACCGGCACGGCGCGGCACGGCGCGGCACGGCGCGGCACGGCUAG